AUGAUCUCUAUAUCGACUCUCAUCAAUAAAGUACUCUGCAAUACAAACGAACAACGCGAAAACCCGGUAAUGCCACUGGGCAAGUAAAGUGCCUAAAACAAUGAUAAAGGAAAGUUUUUUUUGAUAACAACUACAACCCCAUAAUAAGCCGCCAUCGCAGCCUACAUUUUUGUUUUGGACUUAGCGUUGUUUGGAAAACCGCUGACAGUUGGCGGGCUUUUUUUUCUAAAACUUGAAGUCGCGUUUUAUUCAUUUUGAGAUUUCCCGGAAAAUCCGGAAAAUUGUAUUUCUACGGAAUUGAAUCAAUCGAGGUCAAUCGAACGCACGUAAGGGCAGCAACAAAAACAUAAUCGAAACAACCUAUUGCCUUUAAUGCUUUUAAUGGAUGUCGCAGUGAACAUGUUACCAUUCCAUUUCUCAUGAACCACGUUUAAUUUGAUUUUGUACUCACAUAAUAAAUAUUAAACAUAAAAAGAUUGCUUUUCAAUACUUGGUGGGCUUGAUAUUAAGGUAAAGGUGUGCGCGGAGGGUCGAAUGCUAUUUGCAUAUCACACGACACGCGUUAAAAAUUAACCGACUUUUAGCCGCAGUAUCAGAUAGCCGAGGCAGCACGAGGAGGAGGAAGUUAGGAGAUAUGCCUUCAAAAACAACAGUAUUUUUCUUCAUACUCUUCAUUCAAAUAGUCUGCCUGAUCUUAUGGCAAAUGGAUGUGAUAACACCCGUUUCUCUUCGGCAUAAAGUCGCAUCUCGGCCUGAAGAAAACUAUAAGACUGUGUUCGGGGUGUACGAGCCAAGAGACAAUGCUACAGCUGGCAAGACGUCGAUGAAUUCCUCGAGGGCAAUGCUUCCCGUCAAUUCUUCCACCUCUGGUUAUCUUAUUCAAACUGUUCAUUCAAUCAUUGAACGGACCAAACAAGUAAUUACUAGAACAGUUUGGGAUAACGUUAGACGGAGUCGUGAAAACGCUACUACGACAGUUUUAGAUGGUUCAGCGACUUCAAUACGCAGUCGACCUUUUGCUCCUGUUAUUACAGAGGAAGUGUAUCUUUUAGUCCUCAUCAUCUCUCGUCCUAGCUCCAGAAGCAGGCGAGAUUUACUGCGGCGAACAUGGACGUCUACUUUAAACUCGAAGAACCUCAAAGGUUUACCAGGGAGGUCUUUGAACGUCACUUCCAAUUACCAAGAUUUGAAUAUUUACUGUAUAUUCUCCGUCGGUUUUUCCGGGGAUGUCGAAUUGGAUCAACGCAUGGAGAAUGAAUCUUUUGAGUAUGGGGAUAUUCUUCGCGUAGACCAAAAAGAAUCUUAUAAGAAUUUAGUCGGUAAGGUCCAGGAUAGUUUCAAAUGGGCUUUAAGUGUUCAACCGAAGUACAUUCUAAAAGCAGAUGAUGAUGUCUAUGUAAACUUCCCGCGUCUUCUAAACUGGUUGCACGAACCUUCCAUUCCUGAGAAAUUAUACGCGGGUUUUGUACAUCACAGAGCAUUUAUUCAUAGAAACCCGUCUUCUAAAUGGUAUGUCAGCAAAAAGGACUUCCCAGAGAAAUAUUUCCCGAACUACUGCGCGGGUCCGUUCUAUAUUUUUUCCGGGAAUAUCUUAAAGGACGUGCAUAUGGAGUCUCUGAAAAAACCGCGUUUUCAGGUUGAGGAUGCUUAUUUUGGUUGGCUGGCACGAAGUGUUGGCGUGACUCCACUGGAUAUGGGUGGGGGCACGUGGGCAUGGGAGGGAAACAUGAACGUUUGGUCCGAUAAAUGGACAGAUGAGCGGUUAAAGAAGACUGCUGUGUUUGGGGAUAGCUUGAACGAUAAAGAAAUUAAGUACUUUUACGAGAGAUUCAAAAAGAUAAGACAGAGUAGGUAGCAUUAAUUUCAGUUAAUUGUUAUUAUAGUUAGUAGCGAUUUUUUUUUUUACUGGGUAGGGUUUAAUCAUGUUAGGAACUUGAGACAGAAAUAAAUGCAUUAAUUGCUUAUAGCUGUUUGUUUACACACACAGCGAUAUUUAUAGUAUAUAAAUUGAUAAGGACAGGGAAUAAUCCUUAUCUUUUUUUUUAUCUUUGUCGUUUCGGCAAAUUAAAUAGUCAACAUUUUUACAGAACUCAUUGGUAGAAGGAAAAAAGCCAAGUGAAGGACCACUGGACUUAGUACCUUCAUGUAUAACUAAAUGCUAAUGCUUAGACUUUUCGAUAUAUUCGCCUGAUAAAAUACAUGCCAUACUGACCCCCUGCCGUUUUUGUUAAGCUCGCUAUAAUAAAUAUUUCCCUUCACACACGUGGUUUUCGUAUCUGUUGAGAAUUUCGCGAGUUUUCCUUUCUAAAAGAACACGAUAAUUUCCCGUUUUAAUAACUUGCAUGCUCUUCGUUCAACUUAAACAAACAACCAUGGACAUUCUUUAAAAUUCUUCGAUUUCAUUGGAACACACUUUGUCAGCUGCCAGACCUACUCCAAUAAACCACGUGUGUUAUAAGACUUUGUUUAUUCAUUAAUUAUUCUCUUUCGUAUUUCUCGUUCGUAUUUUGUUAACAUUUUAAACCUUGAAAUGCGUAUAAAAGGAUGUUCCUAAAUAUCAGUGUAUAUUAAAUAAUAAUAUAUAAUUAAUGAACUAUUAAAAGAAUAUUACACAAAUAAUUAAAUCCAAUAAUAUUCACGGUUGUUUAAUGGGCACAUUUAAUUCUUAGUUUUCGUGUAGUAAAAAUCAUAAUGGUGAUUUUUCGUAAAAAAAAAUAAGUACUUCCGUAUUGGUAGAGCAAUUAUGUGAAGACAUUUAAAUAGCCAUUAAUAUACACCUCAUGAACACAUUCUAUGACAUAUCGCAACAGCUAAUUGCGAAACGGUUUAUAAGAUUGGAUGCUAGGGAUGCAAGGGACAUUAUCUAGGGACGCAGUAGGGAAGGCAGAGAGAACAGCAAUCUUAAUAUGGUACCAACGACAUAAUAAAGAGAGUAAUGCAACUGAAAA